AUGCAGCGGGCUUAUGAGGAGAGCGAUGAAAGUGUUACAGGGGUUGUGAAGUGUGGUUUUCUGCCUGAAAUUAAGAUGCAUGAUCUCAAUAAAGUCCUCGAACUUCUAUCAGGCUACUUAGUAAAGGAUGGUUCUGGUAAAUAUUAUUUCAGCCAUAGUUCUGUAAGAGAUUGGUUGCAAGACGAAGAGUCACAUUUCUUUUGUGAUGUACUCAACGGGCAUUCCAUUAUGGCAAACUAUAACUUGAAAACUCUUAAAGUUAAGUAUCCUUUAUCAGAGAAUUUUGUUGAAUAUUUAAGUUUUCAUUGGGAACAGUCAUAUCCUAUUGCUUUUCUAGACCUCAAAUUAUUUUCUUUGCGUUAUCUCUUUCAUUCCAGUGAGAGCGGGAGUUCAAACGUGAAUGUUCUGAUAUCUGAAUUAGGUAUUAAAGCAAUCGACCUUCUUCAUGUCGCAUUUCGCUAUAAUGCUGACGGUGUCCCUAGAUUAAUUAAGUCCAAAUAUAUGGCAAUGAAGGUUCUCGAUGAAACAGAUGUCUUGAAUGAAAUGACCACAAAGGAAAAAGCCGAAUAUCUUGAGGUGGCUAUUAUGUCACAGUCUGCAAAGAUCGUUGCGAAGUUCUUGAAUAGCGCAUAUUGGAUUUUUAGUGAUAGUGUCAUUCUUGGCUUGACAUGGGACAACACCGCACUACAGCUCGUUCCGAAUGAAGCAACGCCCCAGUUAUUCUUUUCGUCUCUCGGACAUGGUACCUUUCGCGAUAAGAUACUUGAAUUUUGUGUAAAAAAGGGAUUGACGGCGGAUGUAUGUGUUCCUCAAUUCUUUAAGAACACCAAGGGCUUCGACUCGUCCAUCUGCUGGAACGAAGAUGUCCAAGAGUAUUUUACAAAACUGAAAUCAGGAGAAAAGAAUGUUAUCACUUUGGAGUCCCUAAAAGAGAAGCCAUUUUAUCCAGAAGAAGCUAAAGUGUCGGAAUUUACACUGGAGAUAAUUCAGAAACCUCUUUCAGGUAUUGAUUACAAAUAUUCUUGUAAAUAUGUAGGAGUGCAUGGUGACAAAAUUAUUCUUUGAUAUAAAGUUGGUUAAGCAUAAUCUUCAUUAAGCAUAAUCAUCACCAUUUUUAUGAGGAAACUUCAUGUUAUAUACAGUCAUUGUACUAGUUCAUGGGGGGUAUCACGUGGUUAAUCUCAAUAUGAAAUUGCAAAGAUUUUCUUGGGGUACUGUCUAGCUGAAAUUGAACAAGGAGCACACGAUAUUCGAUAAAUCUUCAGUCAAUUUAAUUAUUAAGUUUAAGUUCCAGGACACAGAAGUCUUUAACAAAUUGACCAUUGGCAACAGUUCCGUCAAAAACUAGCUCAUGCACGAAAUCUGAACACGAUGAACACCAGCGAUUCUCUGCAUAUAUCCGGCGUGAUAAAAGACUUGAACUGGUACAAUAACUGUAUAUAACAUGAAGUUUCCUCCGAAAAAUUUCAGGAAUGUUAAUAGGAAAUGUUCAUGUUUGAACGUAAAAUACAAAGAAAUUGCAGGUUUUUACGAGUGACAAUAAGUUAAUACAUACUCAGCGUUUAAAAAUCUAUUACGUACACCUCCCUAUGCAUACCUCCGAGAAAAUGCACACUAGAGAGUUUGGCAAAUACAAUUCCAACGGCAACGAGAACGUGCUCAUCAACAAUAGCAUCUUUACUCUAAGACGAAGGCGACUAUAAUUUGCAUUCCCUUAAGCAUUCUAGUACGCCGUAGUUGUUCAAACUGCUACGUUAUUUACAUAUUUUCAAGGCUCAUGACCGCACCAACAGGGUAAAACCUUAAGUCCUUUGUGGUCUUUUAUAUGAAUUCACUAUUAGUCUUCAUAUAUUGCUACAUGGUCUUCGGGGAGUUUCAGGGUUGUUUAAAAGAAAGAUAACUACUUUUAAAAGUUUAGUAAAUGUAUGCUUUCGCUCAAAUACAAAAAUAUAAGUAAUUUUGUUUUCUGCCGUCGCCGUUAUUGGUUGCCAAACUCACUACGGAGACUUCCGGUGGGGGGAGUAUCUCGUCCCGCGGGUAUCCCGUGGAGGUAGGGGUGAAGAAUAUAAAUGUUCACAGGCGAGGGCUUUAGGCCUUAUAAGAUGGCGAUCGGAGUCUCGUAGAAGAGGAAAAACAUGGGCCCAUGCACUUGCACUCCAAUUGGUUUUUUCUUACAUAUUUAAUCAGAGAUUGCGUUGCAAGUUGGAAGAAAAUAUGCUUGGUUUAAUUAACACUGUAACAUCGCCUUUAAUAGCCCUAGUGAACAUGUUCUAUCGCUUAGUGAAUGCCUUUCAAAUGUCGACAUUUGUGAAAUUUUGAUAACGUGUUCGUGUGCAAUAUAACGCCCGGAUUGGGGAAUGACAGCUUAGGAAUAAAAAAACACGUAAAUCUCCGGGAGGAUGGCAACAGGAAGAAUUUAUUUCUACUGUGUACGCCUUUCUAAACGGCCACCUCUUUAAUAUCCACGCCUUUCUAACCAUGCGGACACCUUUCUAAUGUACUGUCCACAUUAAUCCCUUUUCGUUUGAAAACGCAUACUUUCGUACGCGUUUUCACCGAUGGUCCACACUAAUACGAUGGAAAACCGAUAUCUUCAUCAAUAUCGCCAAUAAAAUCCGAACUUUUCGAAUAUGGCUUUGAUAAAAUGUGGAGAGGUUUGAAAACGGGAGCGUAUUGGGUUAGUGUGGACUUAAUUUCAGAUGAACUUCUUGUCUCGCACUGGAUAUGUUGAUGAUUAGUCUGCAAAUGCUCUAGACUAUGUCCUAGGUUACCAGUUAAUUUACCUCUAAGAUUGUUAAGCUAUGCUAUAUAGAAGCUCUAUACAGGGUGUAUAAAAGAAAACUGAACAGAUUUGAAAUUGCUCUCAAUUUCGCAAAACACCUAUUUGUAUCUGUUUCUUUAUAUAUAUAGCUUCUUUGGGUACUUAUAAUGUAAAAUAAUGAAAAAAAUUUCUCGAACUCAAAUUUUGUGAACCAGGGGGGGGUGUCUUUUCCAACAAAUUAAAAAUGGCUCGCGCACAAAAUUUAAAAGCUGUAAUCAUAUUUUGAGUUAAUAGAUUGAAAAUUUGUCUGGUUUUUAAUUACUGUACAAAAUUUCAGACAAUUUGGUUUACUUUAAGCCCUUUAACUAUUUAUUUUGUUCUAAAAAGUCAGCCUUUUGCAUGCUUAAUUAAUGCCUUUACCUAAUUUACAUAUUGCUGACAUAUGCAAAUUAGGCAAAUGCAUUAAUUAAGCAUGCAAAUAGCUGAUUUUUCGGGAAAAUUGUAACUUUGCGUGAAUAGUUAAGGGGCUUAAACUAAACCAAAUUGUCUGAAAUUUUGUACAGUAAUUAAAACCCCGACAAAUGUUCCAUCUGUUAACUCAAAAUAUGAUUGCAGCUUUUAAAUUUUGUGCGCGAGCCAUUUUUAGUUUGUUGGAAAAGACACACACCCCUGGUUCACAAAAUUUGAGUUCGAGAAAUUUUUCUCAUUAUUCUACAUUAUAAGUACCCAACGAGGCUAUAUAUAUAAAAAACCGGAUACAAAUAGGUGUUUUGCGAAAUUGAGAGCAAUUUUAAAUCUGUUCAGUUUUUUUUUAUACACCCUGUAUUAUCGGUGACGUUUUUAGAUCAAACCUCGGCUCGGUGAAUUUGCCUCUUUCUCCGUUAAAUAUUUUCUGGUUUCUCGUAAGAUUUUGCAUGAAUAACGAUAAAAUGAAUUAUAAAUAAAGAUUGAAAAUAAUAAAAAUGUAUCGUUUCCUAAGUGCUGGUGUAAACACUUGUCGUCACAAUAAUGCGGACACUCUCCUAUAUAAUGUACCGUCCACAAGCAUUAAUCCGUUUUUGUUUGAAAACGCAUACUUUUGUACUUUCACCAAUCGUCCACACUAAUACGAUGGAAAACGGAUGUCUUCAUCAAUGAAAACGGAGCUUUUCGAAAACGGCUUUGAAAGUGGAGACUUUUAUAAACGGAGGCGUAUUGGAUUACGGUGUGGACGGGCGAAAACGAAUGUUUUCAAAAACGCGAACGCUGUGAACACAAUCAUGCGUGGCGAGUGUGUUGUUUUUGUUUUAACAACUUUGUUGAACAAUGUUCAAGCGGCAAGAGGGCCGGCGAAUGGGACUCUAAGACCCAUGCGAAGUUUUUCCGAAUUUCAGAUGAAUUGCUUGUCUUGCACUGGAUAUAAUAAUGAUUAAUCUGCAAGCAUAACUUGCAAAGACAACAUAAUGCUGCACACUAUGUCCUAGGUUAUUAGUUAAUUUAUUUCUGAGAUUGUAAAGCCACUAUAGAAGCUCCAUUAUCGGCGAAGUGUUUACUUCCAACCUCGGUGAAUCCGCCUCUUUCUCCGUAAAAAAUGUUCCUGCAUGGACUUCUUGUAAGAUUAUUGCAUGAAUAAUGGUAAAAAGAAUAAAUAAAGAUCUAUAAUAAUAAAAAAUUAUCGCUUUCUAAGUGCUAGUGUGGUAAAAAACGCUCCGAAAACCAAGUGUGGACGCAGAUAUUUGUAUGCGUUUUCGAAGUAUCAAAUUAAAAACGAAGGGAUUUGAAACGGAUUAGUGUGAACGUAGCCCAUACCUUCCUAAUACGGAUGCCUCUCUAAUAUGAAUACCUCCCUAACAGAGACACCUCCCUAAUACGAACAGUUCUCUCAUACAGACACUCUCUGAUAGUGUUAAUGUGUAUGUAUAUAAUACGCUUUAUUCUUAUUUGUUCAGAAAUUGAACGCCUUCUGAGAGAUGGAAAGAUUUAUGCGGAGUUCAAGUAUGCCUGGCACUCGGUUUUAUCACGUAAGAGUCUAAUUAUAAGACAUGCAGCGGCAGUAAAAAUGGUAGACGACUGUUUAAAACAUGGAGCAAACUCAAACAACAGAGGAGGUCCUGGGGUAACUGCCCUAAUGCUAACGCGUGAGAAGUUAAAUGAUCUUUUUGGGGAUUCACCUGCGGUGGAACAGGUGGUGUCGUUACUCUUGGAUCACGGAGCUGAAGUGAAUCAACAGGAUUUUUAUGGACGUACUGCGCUUCACUAUGCAUUUAAAUGCGUAGAUGACACUGACCCUUUUCUUGAAGAAAAGCUUGUUCGAAAACAGCGUGUUGUUAAAAUCCUUAUCCAGCACAACGCAAACAUUUAUCUAAAAGAUUCGUCUGGGCUUUCUGCCAUUAAUAUGGCUAAGCGUGAGAGACAUGAAUCUUGGUUAAAAACCGACGAAGCAUCAUUGACAGGGACACGCUCAAAGAAAAGUUAGAGAUCGUGCUCCGAAGAAAACUAAAGCCAGUUUCAAUCUAGACUAGUCCCUUAUUCAAAAGAAAGCGAGACUCGUACGAGAAACUCUUUGUCUUUGGAAAACUUACAUCUGAUACAAAUCUUAAACUUUCUCUAUUACUUCACGUAUGAACUUUCAAUUACGUACACCAGUCGUUAAAUUUAAAAGACUUUCUAUACCAUCCAUGCUAUACCGUACUUAUCGUCGUAAUCAAGACAAUUGUUGUAUGUAACUGAUAGCAAACAUAUCAGUAAUUUUACUUAUGUGUAGGUUAUAGUAUGGUUUUGAGUGUAACUUGAAGUCUUUUGAAAAACUCACAAGUGUUUGUUUUUCCAAACGAGAAACCAUACUAUUAAUGAUUAAAUCAUAAUAUACAUGAAAAAUUAUGCACAAGUAAAUUCAUGGUAACUUGCAUGCAUGAAACAUGUGAUUUACUCAUUUGAAUGACGCAACACCGAAUUCCGCUAUACAAGUUUUCAACCGUUGCAUAUUAGGCCAAGAGAGACAGACGUUGAACUACACUGGAAAUUUCAAGGAAUUGAAUCAACUUAUUCCAAGGAAUUGAAUCAACCGUUUUUGGUGACCACUUUUCCAGUUGAUUCAGAACCUUGAAAUUUACAGUGUAGUAAUACAAUUAAGUAACAAUAUAUAUAUAGCAUUUGUAUAUUAGGCCAAGAGUCACAGACAUUGAACUGCCAAUCAUGACCUUUCCCCUUUUGAGUGAAAUUUUGAUCGAGACAAGUCUGGACACAAAUUUCAUCACAGCUUGAAAGAGCAUCACAAAAUUAGUAAUAUUCCGAAGUUUCGUUGCGAAAUGUUGUAAAAUGCGGAUAAUAUAGCCUUGCGAAGUUAGCCGUUUUUCACUGGCCAUUAUUUUUGCAUUACAAACGGGAAAUUGAUAAUCAGAUGAUCAAACUGAUUAUCAAUUUCCCAUUUGGCAUUUGUAAGACAAAAUGACUGAAAAACGGCAAACUUCGCAUGCCGGCUUAUAUUAUCCUCAUUUUACAACAUUUUGCAACGAAACUUCGCGGAAUAUUACUAAUUUUGUGAUGCUCUUUCAAGCUGUGAUGAAAUUUUCGUCUAGACUUGUCUAGAUCAAAAUUUCACUCAUAAGGGGAAAAGUCUAUUAAGUAACCAUGCAUAUUAUUAAUAGCAUUUGUAUAUUAGACCAAGAGUAACAGACGUUGAACUGGCAAUACUUAUUAGUAACAAUGUAUAUAAUAUAGCAUUUGUAUAUAUUAGGCCAAGAGUGACAGCCGUUGAACUGGUAAUAGUUAUACAAUUAAGUAACAAUAUAUAAUAACAUUUGACAUUUGUAUAUUCAUAAAUUUCAUGUAGUUUUAAAAGCAGUCACUGUCAAAAUUUUGAGAUGUGUUUAAUAUUUGUCCAUUAAAUUAAAAAACACUGAAAAUAUCACUACAGUGGAGGCAAUUCUGUUCUGUAGACCACGAUGUAUAUUUAUAAUGGUCUAAUGAAAGAACCCAUUUGGUAGUCAACGAACCCAGAUGUCAUUUCCCAUACUGGAUUCCAGACUACCAUUUGGCUGCACAGUAGUAAUAAAUUCAAAUAAUACUGUAAUUUAUACUAUAUAAAUAAUUAUAGUUUUUUUCUGAAACUAUAAAUACAUCUCAUUUCAAA